CGCUGCCUAAAGCGAGGCUCAGUGUAUUUAGACGUACUAGACGAAUAGGUUCAUCUAUUCUGGGACUUAUUAAAAAUGCGAAACGAACUUUGCUUUGACCGCGUUCACGGUUUCGCAAAGUCGAUCCUUCUCGGAUGCCUUUUACUGUCGUUGGCGAGUCGUACCUUGGCCCAGGAGGAGGAGACUUUCGAAAAUGCGUUCAGAUUGGAUGGAGCCGAAUGUGUUGAUUCGAAUAUUGCAGAUGCAUCGGUGAAGAAGGCACCGGAAGAGUUAGAGGACCUAACCGACGAUGAAAACGUUUUUGGGGAGAUGGACGAAUGGAAAAAGGAUGAAAUUCCGUUGAACGUCGACGUCGUUUCGGAACCGGAGGACGAAAUCAUGUAUUCUGAAGAUUCGGAGUCACCGAAAGCGAACAGGUACGCGCCCUGUCCAUCAGAUUCAGUUUCUGGUUAUCACUUAACUGAAGCGCGAUUGAACGAAAUCCGUUCGCAGUUUAUGUACUGGUAUUUUGAUAAAGGUGGCGACAACAAUCUAGGCGAUUAUCAAAAACAAAUUCAAUCGUCAACACUUCAGAUACGCAAGAAUUUCAAUUUCCAGCUGCCCUUCUUCGGGUUUAAAUUCAAUUACACCAGAGUAUCUCUGAAUGGUUACUUAGAGUUCAGCGAUCCCCCCGAGCACUACAUUUACCCCCUAGUAUUCCCCGUGAAAAAUUGGCCGAAAGUGAAUGAUCCCAGUUUUAUAGGAAUAUUCUUCAGCAAAUGCCGAAUAGGAAACAUAAGAAGGAGUGAUGUAGACCAAAGACUGCCGGGUGUCUACUUUAGACUCGAGACAAAUCUACAAACGAGGAAAGACCAGUUCGGUGUCGAGCUGCGGGAGCGUUUAAAAUGGGACAUCCGCGAGGGGAUAAUUGGUUCUGAGUCGUUCGAACCGAAACACGCUAUUAUAGUCACGUGGAAGAACGUAUCAUUCGCCGGUGGUAUCGAUAACUCCCUUUACAAGACGAACAGUUUCCAGAUGGUUUUGGCCACAGACGAAGUGUCCACUUACGCCAUUUUCAAUUACUUGAAUAUUCAGUGGACCAGUCACACAGAGGCUGGCGGCGAUGUUGUUGAUGGUGAGGGCGGUGUACCUGCUUUCAUUGGUUUCAACGCUGGCAAUGGCACCCGAAGCUACGAAUACAACCCCUACUCUCAAAGGCCAGCUAUACACGGCUUAACAGGCACAGGUUGGGUAAAUGGUUUCCCAGGGCGUCAUAUGUUCAAGAUAGACGGGAAGUUCAUAUUUUGAUAUCGAUAUAAUUCGAACUUCGAAUAAAGAACACAAAAAAGGGAAUGACAGGGACACCGGGAAUAUUCAUGUGUAACACCUGUAGCAAACUUGCCAUUAUUGAAAUAAUAUUAAUUAUAUAGUUCAUUAUCAAGUAAAUAGUCG